GGAGAACCCCGCGCUGCUUCCGCACACCAAUCACAGCGCGCGAUCGCUCCUAGAUUUGCAUAACCACGCCCUCUGCUCCGACACCGCCCACCACCGGCUGUAGCCGGGUCUAGGCGCAGUUUGCUCCCAGUUCCCUCCCAGUGCUCCCAGUAAGAGCGGUACUGGCAGGGAGAGCGCUCCCAGUUGCUUCUAGGUGCUGUCAGGAUCGUUACCAGUGCUCCCAGUAUCACUUCCCAGUGCCGCGCGGGGCGCAACCGCUUUGCAAUCCCCCAGGGCGGAGCGCGGCUGCUUUUGCGCGUCGGCACCGGGCCGGGCCGGGCUGGGGGAGGAGGAGCGGAAGGAAGAAGAGUAGUGGAAGGAAGAGCAGCAGCAGAACCGAGCGGCUCACUCGCUCGCCCGCUCUAGGCCGCAGCUUCCCCGACUUCCCCGGCAUCACCCCUCCCCCCGGAAGCCGCAGCUGAACUUGGCCCGCAGGAACAUAAACCCAACGCGCUCAACCCUUCUUUUCCCCCAAAAAUGGAUUUCCCAUUCCUAAACCUUGGCCCGAUGGAGGAUGAGGCCGUGAGGAAGAAGAACAUGCCCCCGGAGCCCCAGGCAGACAAGGAGCUGAGGAUGGAGACCAGGGAGGACAAAUCCCUGCAGCAGAACCUUGUGGAAGAGGCUGUUUGGAGCAGCUCCAUUGCACAGGAAACCAGCGAGGAGGAAAAGCCCGGGAGAUCCCACAUGAGGAUGGGCUGCAAACACAGUUCUUGGGUAUCCGAGGAGGAGAACCAGGGCCAAAGAACCGGACAGAGCUGCAGCCAGAGCUCAGAGCUGGGGUUCCAUGAGCAUCUUCAUGAUGCGGAUAAGCCCCACAAGUGUUCAAAUUGUGGGAAGAGCUUCAGCAAGAGAUCCUCCCUGAUCUGGCACUGGAGAAUCCACAUGGGGGAACGGCCCUAUGAGUGUGGGGAGUGUGGAAAGAGCUUCAGUACGAGAUUCAAACUGAUCCGCCACCAGAUGAUCCACACUGGGGAGAGGCCCUAUGAAUGUGACAUACGCAGGAAGAGGUUUCAGACCAGCUCCAAUCUCGUCAUGCAUCAGCGGAUUCACACAGAAGAGAGGCCCUUCCGCUGCCCUGACUGUGGGAAGGGCUUCAAAUACAACUCCCGCCUUGUCUCCCACAGGCGCAUCCACACUGGGGAGAUGCCCUAUGAGUGUGGGCAGUGUGGGAAGUGCUUCAGGACAAGCUCUGAACUGAUUGUCCACCAAAGGAUCCACACAGGGGAACAGCCCUAUGAGUGUGAUAAAUGCAGCAAGAGGUUUCUGACCAGCUCCAGUCUCCUCCUGCACCAGCGCAUUCACAUAGAGGAGAGGCCCUUCUGCUGCCCCGACUACGGGAAGGGCUUCAGGCACAACUCCAACCUCGUCACCCACCGGCGCAUCCACACUGGGGAGAGGCCCUAUGAGUGUUCUGAGUGUGGGAAGAGCUUUUCACAGAGCUCUCACCUGACCAAACACCAAUGGAGGCACCACUAAGGGAAGCCCUGCAAAUCAAGUGCAGGAAGAGCUUCAUGUGCUGCUCCAGCUCCAUUCUCCAUGGCAGGAUCUGUGCUGGAUGAUGCCGAGUGACCCCUGGUGGGCAGAGCCCCGGUGAUCCAUGUCAGGAAGACACCUGGCUGGGCGGCUCUUCAUCCUCCUGGCUUCCCUUGAGCACCUGGACAUAUCCACAGAUCAACAUCAGAAAUCCAUUGUGAAGAGCACGUUUGUCGACUUCUGACCCGAGAAAAAUCUCACUCUUUGCAUCUUCUGGUGGCAUCAAGCAACACUGAAUGGCCUUGGAGGUCUUCUCCAAUAGAAAUCCAUCAUUUUAAUCCUUUCUGGCUCAUGGGCAUCUUCCACAGCCAAAUGGGAACAUAUUGGGGCAAACCCCGCAAUUUUGGAGAUGGUGGGGUGGAAACCCCUUCAAAAAGGGUUCUUCCCACCCAGCCAAGCAUGUGGAUGCUUUGCCAGCAGGGACACAUAAAUUCUUUUGUUUUGGCCUUGAAACAAAAA